AUGAAGUUAGUUUUCGCUGUCGUCCUCGUACUCGUGGUAAGCAAUACCAUCGUGGAGGCAAAAACGUACAAGAAAUGUGAGCUUGUAAAGGCAUUACACAACAACGGCAUUCCUAGAGGGUUAUUACCGGAUUGGGUUUGCCUUGUGCAGCACGAAAGUUCCUUCAGUACCACAGCGACACAUAAAAACGUCGACGGUUCCACUGAUUACGGAAUAUUUCAGAUCAAUAACCGAUACUGGUGUGAUUCGAAUUAUGGAGCCAACGAGUGCAAUAUACCGUGCAAGAGUCUUCUGAAUGAUGAUAUUACGAAUGACAUUAAGUGCGCCAAGCUGAUUUACAACCGCCACGGAUUCGACGCUUGGUACGGGUGGAAGGACCACUGCGAUGGCAAACCGUUGCCCGAUGUCAGUUCAUGUUUCUAG